GUCCGCGCUAAACCGCGCCUGAGCCUCUGUCACGUACUCACACGAAGCCCAGCACGCAUGCCGAGUCUUGGCCAAAGUCAUGGCAUUGCCAGCCGGUGCUCUUGCCGCCCCGCCUCCCCCACCGUCACCGCGAGAAGGUGGACAGGGGGCCGGUGAGUGGGACGAGGAGGGUGGUCCGCCGUGCGGGCUCUGCGCACCCUCAUCGGUCACGGUGGGAGGCAGGCGGUGCCCGGGGGCAGGGCAGUGGCCUGGGGGCAGAGCAGCACCGAGCAAGGACAGGGUUCGGCGCGGACCGGGAGGGCCCCGGGCACUGCAGCGCGUGGGUCUUGGACAGGGUCAGCCAGGCGGGCGCACCUGCUCCCGGGCACAGACGAAGGUGAGGGGUGGAGCCUGCAGGGGGCUGGGGUGGCGGCCCUGCGCACCGGCACCGGAUGGGGGACGCGAGCUAAAGGACGUCUGCUGCCACCCGUGGGUCGUGCAGACGGGGUGGCCUCUGGGCUCCAGCCCAGACCGGCGAGGACCCGCCAGGGGCCGCACGGGCCGCCGAGGAGACCCAGGGCCCACGGCGGAGCAGGGUCCUGCACUCGGCCCAAGUCUGGCCUGAGUGGGAGUCGUGCCCAGCCUCCGUGUCGCCUCCGAGGACCGAGGGGCCGGGAAGUGAGCAUGUGUGGGCUGGGAGCUGCGGCCCCGGCGCCGUGCCUGUGCGGUCUCGCUGGCUGUGUCCCUCCGCCCAAGGCCGCCAUGCUUUCUCAGCAGCCACGUCUUCUCUGGUCUCGCCCGGACGCUGGUCACCAGCCUCUCAGGGGCCCCCGCGUGGCCCCUCUCCUCCCGGGACACUUAGUCACGCGGACUCCAAACGAGGCGGGAGGGUCGAGGUGGGACCCGAAGAAGGAAUCUCCGCGUGCAGCCGUGCCGAUGAACUCCGCCCCCCCAACCCACUGCCCCCCGGGGUCCUGUUCACGCUCCCCCCCGGCUCCUCGGGGGGCGAAACGGGCGGCGACCACUUUCCACUGCUCCGGUGUUCCAAACAAGCACGUCGCAGGCUCACUAACAGGCCAGAAGGGAUGGAGCGGGUCACCGUAGUAUCAUCCAGAAACGACCCUCUGUGUCAUUUCUCGUCGAGACGGCUCCGCCAGAAGGUCUCUGCCGCCCGGUGCCCCUGGGAGCCGGGCCCUUUCUCCUCCGGGAAACGAAGCGGGGUUGUCCAGGUUCUGUUCCAGGGGUCAGCAGGUGUGCACGUGCUGUCUCCCCACAGGACAGCGGGGACCCAGGCCAGCAGCACAGGCCGCCCCCACGCUGCCGGAAACGUCCUUUCUCCCCUGGUCCCGGCCCUGCCGGCCCGAGGGGGCCCGGUCACGACGCGGCGGUGCCUGUCAGUGUCGGCGGAGACCCCGCCCCCCGCUGCGUCACCUCCUCUCCUCCCAAAGAUGGAACCGGGGGUGCGGGGGUGGGGGGGCGGCGAGAGGCCGCACACCCUUCUCCGUUCUCCUGCGGGAAGAGGUUUAUGUAGCAGACUCUGCUAGCCUUUCCCCAGGACAUUCGUUCCGGGCGGCCGGCGCAGGCGGGCCCGCAGUCCGAUAGGGAGCCUAGACUGACCCCCCGCCCUCUGCCCCGGCGGGGGUUACUGGAGGCCUCUCUGUCUGUGGGAAAAUAUCUCUGCACACCCGAACGGACGGAUGAGUCUCUGAAAACGGGGCCAGGGCCCGCGUCCGAGUCGGUGCGGGUGUGGCGGUCCCCGCUGGGGGCGGCCGAUCGCGCAGCAUCUUGGUGACCGGACAGCCCGAUGUCCACGAGAGCGGAGUCACAUGAUGUGGGGACUGGACCGUCCCUGAGGGUUCUGUGAGCACCUCAUUCUCCGGAAGAGAAGCUGCUGCAGGGAGGGCCGAGGUGGGACCCGAAGAAGGGGCCGGGGGGAAGGUGAGGAGGGCAGGGUCCCAUGUGGUGGGGGGGACGUCAUGGUUAGGGGGGCAGACGGGCCGGGCUCCGGGCCGGCGGGCCGCUGGCAAGGCGAGGCUGGAGGAGUCUCUCCACAGAACUGACCCCGUUACCGCGUUCACACUCCCCGGGGCGGCGCGGGCGCCCCUGCGUGGGGGACGUGGGGGACCUGGGGCAGCGCGCACGGUGCCGGCGGGCAGCACCGGCGUCGGGGACAGAGGCCGCCCUUCCCUUCCCCGACGAGCGCUGUCCGAGCCGCAUGUGCACUUGGAGACGGCCCCCCGCCUCCGACGGGGUGUCUAGCGAGAUACAUUUUCACAAAAUCCCCAACCCGGCACGGCCUUACUCCCGAGACAGUGGGCAGCAGUGAAUCAGCGCUGGGCACUCGGGGGCCGGCCGAAUGGGGGUGGGGGUUCCAGUGACAGCAAACAGAACAUGGGCUAGUGAAAACACACGCGUGCACGAUUUACACACACACACACACACACACACACACGAAGUCUCUGCAGAGAGGGGCAAGGAGACACGAGUUCAACCCUAACCCAGGCUCCUCCCUUCUGACUCAAAAGCAGCGCCCAGCGACUUCCUGUGCUCUCCCCAGAGGGACGAGUUCUCUCUGCCCCUGCCCCCCGCCCCCCGGCCCCCCGCCCCCCCCCCGCCGCUGGGAACCCGGCUCUUCUUCAGAAGUUGACUCACGGCCUUCGGGUCAAAGGCUGUGUCUGCCUCCAGUUUCAGAAGAGACGCAGCCAGGCCCGCCGCCCGCCUGCGCGGAGCCUGGUUUUCCCUGGUGCAGGUGUGGGGCCGUGUGGGGGUGGGAGGUCGACCUCAGAACACAGAAAGGUCGUCCUGAUAAGCCAGGGAAUCAAAGAGAAGAGCCGAAUUCAAACUCAGAGCAAGACACCGACCUCGCGACAGCGCUCCCAGCUGAACUCGGCGGCACUUGCUCGCCGGCGUGCGGAAGGAAGUGGUCCCACGGGGACGACCCGAGAACGAAAGCGAGAGACGCGAAGAGACGCCGGCAAUGCUGCCCAGCCAGCCCGACGACCCUGAAAGGUGCGACAGCGUGGAGCUGGACGACAGGAUCCGUGUCCUGAUUGAGAGGGGCGCCUCUCCUGCCCCCGAGGGGGCCGCCCCGGGGGCCACCCCGAGUCCCAGGAGCUCCUGCUCUCCAAAGUCACCGGGAGAAAGAGCUUCCAUGGCCCAUGCACAGGGCGCGGCGGCGCUGGGAGCGGCGGAAGGGUCCACGGGGCCCGCCGAGCGUGCAAACUCACCCAGAGGAAAGAACUCGACCAACUCCCUGGAACGCAAGAUAAGGUGCUUGGAGAAACAGAGAAAAGAGCUCCUGGACGUGAACCAGCAGUGGGACCAGCAGUUCCGAAGCAUGAGGGGGCUGUACGAGAGAAAGGUAGCAGAGCUGAAAAUGAAACUGGAGGCCACGGAGAGACCCCUCAGCACCCUGGAGAAGGAACGGCCACCGGGCCAGAGGGACAGCGGCGGGCCCCGGGACCUGGCCCAGGAGCUGCAGCACAGAGCACAGAAGGAAACAGAGAGCCCCGACGAAGAGCUACAUGAAUUGAAGAGAGAAAAUAAGCUGUUAAGGGAAAAGAACGCCACCGUGAACAGGAAGAAGGAACAUUACGAGUGUGAAAUCAGGCGCCUGAACCAGGCCCUUCAGGACGCCUUGAAAAUCGAGGGUGCGUCCUUCCCCGACAACUGUUUGGGGGAGUCUGAGAAGGGGUGCGGCCUCGAGGAGAUGAGGACGGAAAUGGAGGUUCUCAAACAGCAGGUGCAGAUCUACGAAGAGGACUUCCGCAGGGAGCGGGCGGACCGGGAGAGACUGGGUCAGGAGAAGCAGGAGCUGCAGCAGAGUAACCGGGCCUGCCAGGCCCAGCUGCACAAGCUGAAGUCUAAGUUAAAAGCUUGUCAGAUGGAGAAAGAAACACUAGAAAGGCAAUUAAAACAGGUGUAUCUGCCCACCUGUCGCUGUGGCUUCGGCGUCCACCUGCGGGACCCCAGCGCACCUGCCAGGCCGGGGGCUGAGCGGGAUCCAGAGAGGCACCCGAUUUCUCCUCCGAAAAGGAAGUCGCCCAGCAAGCCGUGUGCGCGAGCAGAGGGGUGCGGGGGCACGGGGGGCGCCGGGCCAGGGCCCCGCCCGCCCGGUCCCUGGGGCUCGCGUCCUCUGCCCGGCCGCGUGUCGUCCGCCCCACCCUCGUGUGCCGCUGCUCCCCCCGGCAUGGAAAAGGCUUGUGACAGCUGAGGCCCCGGCCGGGUCUGCGGGGCCAGGAACCUGCGACCCACCGCACGGCCAGCCCGUGUCCUCGAGACGAGAUUGACAGGCAGAGGACACGGGGCUCCCCGAGACCCCGGAGCCCAGGGCUGGUGGGUUCACGGGGGCGGCUCCGCGGUUUCUGCGACGUGUCUGACUCACGUGCCUGUCCCCGGGGCGGGGGGGGGCACUGUCGCCGCAGUUGUGUGUCCUCCCCUGCUCCCUGGUCCUCACGGGGGCUCAGGUCCCUCAUGGGGGCGGGCUCGACUCGAUGCCCCGUGCGUCCCUGGGGGUCGGGGAGCCUGCGCGCAGGACUGAGGAGGCCUGUGUCCCCCUGAAACCGCAUUGGCGGUUCCCCACGAGCAAAGGGAGAGGCUGGGAACGGCUCCCCGCACAGCCGGGCGCCUGCUUCGUCGUCAGGCGGAACGGGCGACGGAGGCACAGUCCCGCCUGCUGGUCCCGGGUGGCGGCACCUUCGCACAGAAGCGGCUCCGCGUCUGGGGAUUUGCCGUGACAUCUGCGUUCUUUUUUGUUUGUUUUCUCCCCCCCCACCCCCGUGGAUUUGAGUAGCUAUUAAUAAAGAGCAUUAUCCCUGACUUCUCAAACCGAUUAAAA